AUGUCCAGUACAAUAACAUCAAAUACAACCUCUUCUUCUUCAACAGAUACUUCUUCUUCAGAUCAAUCAAUAAGCAAAUUACCACCGCCUUCAGCCUUGUUAAAUUUUGAUAACGUAAUGAAUAAACCUAAUUCACCUAGACAGGUCUAUAUCCUUCCCCCACCUUCUUCCUUACCAGGCUAUCAUCUCCCUCCACCACCACCACCACCACAACAACAACAACAACAACAGCAGCAGCAGCAGCAACAUUAUUACUUACAAACAGAGCAUUCUCCUUCUCCUCCUCCUCCUUCUUAUUAUUCUGGUAUUAAAAGAAAAAAUAAUACUAACUCGGUUAUUACGUCAAAUUAUUCUACAAUAACAACAGCAGCAACAGCAGCAACAAAAACAACGACAACUAAAAAAAGAGCUAAAAAGACUAACACCGCAACAACAAACACCACUAGUAUGACAGAUGACAUUUCUGCCGCUGCUGCCACCCUAGCUUCAUUUGCUUCUAAUAGCUAUGAAUUGGAUUCAAACAAAACAACAACUAUUCCAAAAAAGAGACAUUAUAAAAAAUAUAAUAAAGAAACAGACAUGUUAUCAAAACAACAAGAGAAUCAAGUUUUAGAGGCGGCUAGAAUUUUAGUGGACAUUUCGAGAUGCGUUGUUCGUCAAGUCAGUGUUGCUCAUUAA